GCUGUGGUCUUAGGUUCGGGAGUGGCUGCCAUCUUAGCCGCGGGACUGAGGAGCUGCCGCCGCUGUCGCCGCCUCCUCCUCUUCCCCCCGCAGCCCGUGAUUAGAGGCCUCGAGGUUAUGUCAACUCUACAUGGGGGAAAAGAAAGGAUUGAAGAGGAUCAACUGGGAGUGUAAGCAGCCUGUCCUUAUCAGCUCAGUCUACUUGGAGUUGGAUCCAAGAAGCCACUGGACUGGAGAGGCCAUUCUGUAUUCCUAGGGUGGUGGAUUCAUCGUUCAAAUGGCUGCUGAGAAGUAGUAUAUCCAACUCCAGUAACUGGACAUGGUGACAAAGAUGUUUCAAGAGUCCAUUUCAUUGUUAGGCCAGGGUUCCUCUUCCAACUCUUCAUCUUUGGGCAAAGGUCCAUAGCCCAGUUGGUGGCAUGUCUGGCAGUAGUUCACGGUCAGGGUCUGUGGGGGGAUUGACCAUGAAAUCACAACUUCAGAUCAUUGUCAUCUCAGCGAAACUUAAAGAAAAUAAAAAGAACUGGUUUGGACCAAGUCCUUAUGUGGAAGUCUCAGUAGAUGGCCAGUCAAAGAAGACAGAAAAAUGCAGCAAUACCAACAGUCCCAAGUGGAAGCAGCCUCUUACUGUAAUUGUCACACCUGUCAGCAAAUUAAAUUUUCGUGUAUGGAGUCACCAGACAUUAAAAUCCGAUGUUUUGCUGGGAAGUGCUGCUCUAGAUAUUCAUGAAACGUUAAAGUCAAAUAAUAUGAAACUUGAUGAAGUAAUUGUGACAUUACAACUUGUGGGUGACAAGGAGCCAACGGAAAUCAUAGGAGACUUGUCAGUUUGCCUUGAUGGACUGCAAGUAGAUCCCGAAAUUCUGACGAAUGGCUAUGCGACAUGUUCAGAAGGUAGUUCACAGAGUGAUGAUUCCAGAACCAGGAAUGAUACAAGAUCAAAUACAGAUGGACCUGAAAAUGCUGAGGAACCAGGACCCGGUGAAAAUAGGAAGGUCGAUGGCAGUAACUCUCCAUCACUCACAAAUGGAGGUUUUAAACCUCCUAGGCCUCCAAGACCUUCACGGCCACCUCCUCCCACCCCUCGUAGACCAGCAUCUGUCAAUGGUUCUCCAUCUGCACCUUCUGAAACUCCUGUGUCUAGUACAGAGUCAUCACCAUCAACAAAUAUGAGUGUAAUUCCUGAAGGAGCAACAGCUGGAGCAGCAGUUCCUACCACCGUGGCUUUAACAACACCCCCAACUUCUAGACAAGUGCAGCCAGUGAAUUCUGCUUCUCAACAGCUCAAUACAGUUAAUCAAGGUCCCCUUCCACCUGGUUGGGAACAGAGAGUGGACCAGCAUGGACGAGUCUACUAUGUAGAUCAUGUUGAAAAAAGAACAUCGUGGGAUAGACCAGAACCUCUUCCUCCUGGCUGGGAACGUCGAGUUGACAACAUAGGACGUGUUUAUUAUGUUGAUCACUUCACAAGAACUACCACCUGGCAGCGGCCAACUUUGGAGUCAGUUAGAAACUAUGAGCAGUGGCAACUACAACGAAGUCAACUCCAAGGAGCAAUGCAGCAGUUUAACCAGAGAUUCAUUUAUGGGAAUCAAGAUUUGUUUGCUUCAUCUCAGAAUAAAGAAUUUGAUCCUCUUGGACCUCUGCCACCAGGAUGGGAGAAGAGAACAGACAACAAUGGCAGGGUGUAUUUUGUCAAUCACAACACACGUAUUACACAGUGGGAAGAUCCCAGAAGUCAGGGUCAGUUAAAUGAGAAGCCUUUGCCGGAAGGCUGGGAAAUGAGAUUUACAGUGGAUGGGGUUCCAUAUUUUGUGGAUCACAAUAGGAGAACAACAACCUAUAUAGAUCCCCGAACUGGAAAAUCUGCUCUAGACAAUGGACCCCAAAUAGCCUAUGUUAGGGAUUUCAAGGCAAAAGUUCACUAUUUCCGUUUCUGGUGUCAGCAAUUGGCUAUGCCACAGCACAUCAAGAUUACAGUGACAAGAAAAACUUUGUUUGAAGAUUCAUUUCAGCAGAUAAUGAGUUUCAAUCCCCAGGAUCUUCGAAGACGUUUGUGGGUGAUUUUUCCAGGAGAAGAAGGUUUAGAUUAUGGAGGUGUGGCAAGAGAAUGGUUCUUUCUUUUGUCACAUGAAGUGCUGAACCCAAUGUAUUGCCUGUUUGAAUAUGCAGGGAAGGAUAAUUACUGCUUGCAAAUAAACCCAGCUUCUUACAUCAAUCCAGAUCAUCUGAAAUACUUCCGUUUUAUUGGCAGGUUUAUUGCCAUGGCAUUAUUCCAUGGAAAAUUCAUAGAUACAGGCUUUUCUUUGCCAUUUUAUAAACGUAUCUUGAAUAAACCGGUUGGACUCAAGGACCUAGAAUCUGUUGAUCCAGAAUUUUACAAUUCUCUCAUCUGGGUUAAAGAAAACAAUAUCGAAGAAUGUGGUUUAGAGAUGUACUUCUCAGUUGAUAAGGAAAUUCUCGGUGAAAUUAAGAGUCAUGAACUGAAACCCAAUGGCAGUAAUAUUCUAGUAACAGAAGAAAAUAAAGAAGAAUAUAUUAGAAUGGUUGCUGAGUGGAGAUUAUCUCGAGGUGUUGAAGAGCAGACACAAGCUUUCUUUGAAGGCUUCAAUGAAAUCCUCCCUCAGCAGUACCUGCAGUACUUUGAUGCUAAGGAACUGGAGGUGCUUUUGUGUGGAAUGCAAGAGAUUGAUUUAAAUGACUGGCAGAGACAUGCCAUCUACCGACAUUAUACUAGGACAAGCAAACAAAUCAUGUGGUUUUGGCAGUUUGUGAAAGAAAUUGACAAUGAGAAGAGAAUGAGACUGUUGCAAUUUGUUACUGGAACUUGCAGGUUGCCAGUUGGGGGAUUUGCUGACCUCAUGGGGAGCAAUGGACCACAAAAGUUUUGCAUUGAAAAAGUUGGGAAAGAAAAUUGGUUACCUAGAAGUCAUACCUGUUUUAACCGCUUGGAUCUACCACCCUACAAGAGCUAUGAACAACUGAAAGAAAAACUGUUAUUUGCUAUUGAGGAAACAGAAGGAUUUGGACAAGAGUAACCUCUGAGAAUUUGCACCCCUGAAGGACAUGAAUUCAUUUGCAAUGUUUGUCCUUCACCUCUUCUGCUUGUUGCACAUCUUGUAAAUUGGACUCUGACUGUUUUAAGAGUUAUUUGUGUGUAAGUAAAUUAAUGUUAUCAUUGCGAUUGAUGCCCCAGUAAUUCUGGAUUUCUACCGAGCCCUUCCAGAAAAAAGAUCUUCAAGUGACAUGGCUACAGAUUAAAUCUGACUUAACUUGAGAUUUAACACAGCAAUGACACCUGCCUUGUUUUACUCAACAAGAAUGUUUCUUUAACCUUUUAUUUGGUCAAAUCUUUCCUUUGGAGGUAGAUUUUUCUUUGGGGGAGCUGCAGACAUUCUGGGAAGUCCCUUUAUAGCUGCAGUGUACAGGUUCUUCAUCAUAAGCUUCUUGGUAAAGAGGGAUUAUCAGUUCAAGCUUAAGCCAACUCCCAGGUACCAGGAGCAAGCAUCCAGCUCACGUGCCUAUUCUCACUGCAGCUUGGCCUGACUGUUCUCCAUUUUGCGUCAUUUUGAUUGUCACCUCUGGAAGUGAUCCAGAACUAUCACAUUUGUUCACAAAUACCUUCUGCCGUUCAGUGCCACUUCAAAAAUGAAUUCAGAAGUGCAGAUGCUUAACUGCCUAGGCAUUGCUAACACUGUAGGAAAGUUGCUGGGGAAUAGGAUGGAUUGUUUACAUUGGCUGUGUACAUGAGACAGGUCUGGCAAACUUGACUACAAGCAGUUUAAUUGAGGACAGAGCAAACAGAGGGAAGGAGCACCCAGAGAGGUGCUAGGUAGCCAAACAAAAUCCCUCUAUAAACACUACAGUUGUAUACUGUUUGCAAAAGUUCACCUGGAAUUGAAAUAGGUUAGGUUGUAUAUGUCCAAUAUUUUUACAGAUUUAUGUUGGUGGUGGAAAAGGAGAGAUGUUCCAUCUCUUGACCUUUGCAAUUGUGUCAUAUUCAGAUAAUUCCUUUUUUUUUUUAAACAUUUAAGUGGUGUUGAACAAGCCACCUUAUACACUGUUUACCUUCUAAUUCAAACUCUACAAAUGUAAAACAUCCCCAGAAAUUAAUUAUAUUUUCAUUUUGGGGGAAACUUUUUUUUUUUUUUUAAUGAAUUGAAGAACGCCCAUCUGUGUUUACUCAGUUACCUGUGAAAUGUUCUCUCUCUGUAUUCAGACUGAUCAUUUCCCCAUCAUAUGUUAAGGUAGUCAUUUCGGUUCUUUGUUGUGCCUGAGCUUAGUUGAAUUAUUACUUUUGCUUUAAAAUUCAGCAGUUUUUAAUUUCUAUUUUCCGUUAAUUUUUAAGAUUAGACUUGAUUUUUGCUAAUUAUUGCACUUUGAGUCUUUUAUGUGUGUGUGUGUGUGUAUGUGUGUUGUCUUUCCUCAUUGUGCCCCCACAGAGUCUGUCUGGGGAUAGAUUGCAGUUGGGAUGGAGCCUAAGGUGUAAAUGGUGCUUGUCAGAAAGCGAAUCUAGCCCCACUUGGAAGAAAACAUUUUUGUUUCUUCCACAGUUGAAUCUUAGAGCAAAAAAACAAACAAACAAAAAUCUGUUAAGAUAUUAAGCAUACUUAGGCUCUAAGACACUAGAAUCUUAAAACACAGAUUUCAUACGAGUGAAUGGGCUGCCUUGUCCAGUGAUUGCCUGUCAGUAUAAAAGGGAAAAGAGGCUCUCCCAAUCCUGUUUGAUUUUAUUAUUUUAUUUUUACACAUCCCUUCCAUACACCCCAAGAAAUGCAGUGUGAUUUCCUAAAGCCGUAGCUGAUUUUAAAGCAGAGACCUGCUAUUUUUUCCUGUUGGGAGGAUAUGAGACAGUCUUACUGAGUAAAUUAUUACCAGCUACCCAAAUAAGACCAAAUUUUUGCAGUAUGUGACGGGCUCUGGAGGAAACAAAGCCUUAUAAAGAUUUCCUGGUGAGGUGAAUUAUCAUAAUGAAAUUUAGUUACCUAAGAGACUUACAAGAGAGGCUUACAAAAUUAAGUGAGAUAAUGUAAGAAAGUAGACCUUUUUUGUUCUACAUAAUGCAUCAUGAUUCAUCUACAGACAUAGAAAUAGUGUUAAAAUGUAUAAAUAUCACCCAAGAGGCUUUCUGCCCUAUAUUUUUAAGAUACAGAAUAGUUAUAUUUGAAAUAGCCAUAGCCCUAGUUCUAUAGGGUUUGGCUGUUAAAUAUUUUUAUGGAUGAAAUGUUUAGUUCCAGAAAAGGCAAAUGCUUGUAUAUAUUUUUGCAGCCUGGGGGUCUCCCUUAUUCCAUUUUUUCCUUUAAUUUAAGUGGCCACAUGUAUAUGUCUUUCCUGCUGUACAAGGGUACUGGGGGGCUGGAUAUCCCAAGAACCAGAGGUUAUGUGAAAAUACUGCAGAUAUACAGGAAAUACAAAUACCUACCAAAUGAAACUUUACAUUUGGGUCCAAACUAAACAUCUGAAAAUAGAUUUGUAAGUGUUUAAUUAGAGAGAUUUCUUAAAUCUUAACUAAAAAUGCUUUUAGAAAGUCCACUUUCUUUGUAAGCAUUGUAAAUGCUAACAAAUCCUGUUAAUUUUUUACCGCAUGUUAUAUUGAAAUAAAAAGGAAGUAAAAUAAGCAGUUGGUGCAUUCUUCUGCUUGGUGUGGGAAACUGGGGAGCACAGCACUCACAGUUUGACAAGAGAGAAGGGGUCUGGCCAGGGAAAUUUUUAGUACAAAUUAUCAGAAUAUGGUGGUUUUAAAACAUCAAGUAAACCAAAUAAACAAACUACUGUUCUUAUAUGAUUAUGUCAGAAUACCAAGACUCUUAAGUAUGUAGGACUUCAAAGAACCCUAUUAGAAUUCAGUUUAGCUUUCAGACUUGAAUUUCAUAUCAGUGGAUUUUGACCAACUAAUGACAAGCCUUACCUUUUAUUUGACAGGGAAUUUGUAAUCCAUGACCAGGAAAUGCCCCUAUGUGAGUCAUAUGAAAGCCCCAGUAUGUGUGUUUCAUUCAAACAAACAAAAAUUAUAUCCUUUUAUAAUUAGCCAGUUAAUAAUUGGAAAUACCAUCAUAUGCUUUUAUUCAUUUCUAAUGAACCAAGGAGAUAAUACUUCCCUCUUAAUUCUGUCCUAUCUCAAUUUUGAUAUAUUUUUCCUUUUUUUUCUGAUAACUCUUAUGUUAAUGUCACCUCUUUUGUAAAUAUCAGCAUCUCCAGCCCCUUUGGGGGAGAUCCUAAUUUAAAGAUUUGUGUCUUUUUUUUCCUCCAGAAUUCUAGUUUGUAUAUAUGCUUUCACUAAUCAGGGAACAGCAGCAUUGAAUUAUACAAUAUUGUAUUGGAAUUUCAUUCUUGAAUUUUCCUUCAACUGUAAUUUCAAACACUUGGGUAACUAAAAGUAUCUCAGCAAGUCAAGCACUUUUAUAAAGUUCCUUAAAGAGCUGGCUCAUUCUUUUUAUUUUUUUUCCCACAAAGUAUAAGUCUGAAUUUGUAAUUAAACUUUUGGUCCUUCACUUGGAAUUUUUUGUUAGUCAUGGUCACUGCUCACCUUCUGCAGGAUCAGGUCCUUCGGGUAGUUUUGUGACCACACUAGUGAUCUGGUUUUGCCUGUUCACAAUAAAUACAGAAGG